AUGCCAGUGCGACAAGAGAACUUUUCAGCCAUCGCCGGUGUCACUUCUACCAACUCGGCAAGCCAUGUGCAGGAGAUUGAUCCCUCUGCAAAGUCGAUCGCCAUAGUCGGUGCUGGGAGUGCUGGGUUGGCGAUGUUAAAGUCACUUUUGGACUUACCGGAACACACGAGGAAAGGUUGGGAUAUAGUCUUGUACGAACAGCGUCGGGAUGUGGGGGGCCUAUGGCUACCAGAUCACAUUCCUGCACAGCACUCAGAACUACCUGAAACUCCCUUAUAUCCUCGUCUCCACACCAAUAGGCCCGUUCCGACCAUGACUUAUCCCGGGUUUCCCUAUCCAGCCAAUACACCCCUAUUUCCGAGUCAUGAGCACGUCGAGAAAUACCACCGAGAUUAUGCAAAUCAUUUUAACUUGAUGUCGUAUAUCAGGCUGAACCAUACAGUCUUAUCAUCUUCAUGGAUAGGCAAUUCGACGGACGGAGUGUGGAAUAUUGUCGUUCAGGAUCAUAAUGGCAACAAGCUGCAUAAUGCGCACGACCACCUCGUAGUCGCUGGUGGACGCAACCAUAUACCGCAUAUACCCAAGUUCGCUGGUCAGGAUAUAUGGCUUGAAAACAGCCCUCGAGACGGACCAAAGCGAGAAAUUCUGCACUCGGUAUGGUACAGAGAGCCGGAAGAAUUCACAAGUCGCAGCGUGCUAGUUGUGGGCUCUGGCGCCAGUGCACAAGAUGUGACUUCUCAAGUGUGUUUAACGGCUAGAAGAACAUAUCAUUCAAUCCGCAAUAAUUCUGCUCCCCCUGUGGUGACUGACGUGAUUGUCAAGCCAGAAAUAUCUCACUUCACUUCGACAUCCAUCGUUUUUGUGGAUGGGUCUAUCGUUUCUGAUGCAGACUUUAUUAUUUUGGGAACAGGAUAUGAACUUCGAAUACCCUUUCUGGAGGAAGGUAAUGAGCUCGCAGUCAAACCGGAGGCGCAUACCAAUGAAACAUAUCGGGAAGGCUUGGUUACAAACCUGCGAUAUCUAUUCCCUCUGCAUCAGCAUAUCUUCUCUUUGUCACCUUCAUAUCCCACAAAUGCGUUGGCCUUCAUUGGUCUUCUCAGAAAGACUUCACCCUGCCCGUCAAAUACCGCUCAAAGUGUCUAUGUUGCCCAUGCGAUCGCAAAUGCAAGCUUACUACCAGAUCGGGAAGACUUGCUUCAACAGCUAGCGGCUAUUGAAAAAAGCCUACGCUCGCGUGGCUAUGACCCAUAUUAUAUUGGUCAUCGCAUCCCCGAUGGCAAGUUCGACUAUCAGGAUAAUCUCAAAACGUAUCUCCAGAAGCAUGGUGCUUUACCAGACGACGGGAAGAAAUUUGUAGAGGGUUGGCGGCGAGAGGCGCCCGGAUUCCAGUGCCUCGCGCGGGGUUGGAAACGAGUGGAAGACCUGGGUACUCAGCAUGAGUGGCUUGAUGGAAUUAUAACUGAAGAAGACUGGGCGGGUCUCAUGAGACGCUUGAAUGAUUGGCAACUUAAAUGGGAAGAAGAAUAUGGUCUGAUAUAA